CUCUCAAACUAAAUGCAGCAGGCGGAAGCUAAAGAGAAGAAGCAUCGUCUGUGUGUAACGACAGCACACAGGUAGUCCGGUGGAAUACAGACUCUAUGGACUGCAGUAGUGAACGUGGGGAAUAUAACGUCUGACUCACAUGAUCACAGGCCGGAUUAUAAACUACUGCCGUGACGAAGCAUCGUGCCGUGGUCGCUUUUGUUUGGUUUCUUAUUUCAACUUAUCGCCGUUUCUUUGGGUGCUCAACUUAACUUAACUUGUAUCCGACGUCAGUGAAGGCAACAGAGCUUCCAAAGGCCACCGUGAGACGGCGUCACCCCGAGCGAGAGAGGCCGGUGUUUGUUUGUGGUGCCAGGACAAAAUGCUGAAUCCGCAGAGGUCUCUGUCGGAGCUCCCGAAGACGUCGACGGCCAGUCAGGUGGAGCGCGUUGUGCUGGAGGAGGAGUUCAACUGGCUGCUUAAAGAAGAAGUGCACGCUGUCUUAAAGCAGCUCCAAGAUGUUCUCAAGGAGGCAUCCAGACGUUUCUCCAUGCCGACACCAGGCUUUGAAAAUCAGCUGAAGCAGGAGAACUUCAUCCUUGGCAGCUCAACCAGCAUGGAUCAGGUGAAGGGCGUGCUGACUCUGCAGGGGGAGGUGCUGACUCAGGCUGAUAUCAACCUGAAGGUUGCAAAGAGCAGCCAAGUGUUGCACUUCCAGUUUAGAGAAGACAAACAGUGGAAACUGCAACAGAUCCAAGAUGCCAGGAACCACGUGAACCAGGCUCUGCAGCUGCUGAGCAGCCGUGACGAGAGCUACCACUUCAAGUCUGGGGCUGAGGUCAACAAGCUCAUGGAUGGAGUGAUGCUGCAGCUUACACGAGCUCGAAACCGCCUCACUACCCCGGCCUCCAUGACGCUGCCUGAGCUGGCUGCCAGCGGUUUGAUGAAAAUGUUCUCUCCUCCCAUACCCGGGGAUGUCAUGGUCAACUUUUACAUCAACUUAAGCAAACUGUGUCUGACUGUGUACCAGCUCCACGUGCUGCCUGCUAACACCACCAAGAAUUUCAAGCCUGCUGGGAGCUCAGUGCUGCACAGCCCUGGAGCGAUGUUUGAGCUCAACAACAACCGGUUUGAGGUGAGCCAUGUUCACAAAGUGGAGUGUGUGGUGCCUUGGCUGAGCGACACGCUGGUGUUCUUCACCAUAUCCCUGCAGCUCUGUCAGCAGCUGAAGGACAAGAUCUCUGUUUUCUCCAGUUUCUGGAACUACAGACCUUUUUAAUCCUGCAGCCCGUCAUCCUCCAGGCUCCGCUCGGACUCACACUUAGCACUGUGUUGUAAAGGAAGUGUUCAUUAUUUUAGCUAUUUGAAAUGCAGUGUGAUGUCAGAGCGCUAAAGCUCCGCCCCCAGUGAUGUUACCCCAGAUAGCAGACAGUCCCGUCAGUGCGUCUCAGUACUGCCGUGUGGAUUCAUGUCAUUUGGUUCCCUUUAAUAGAAUUAUUUAUUACCCACACUCACAUUCCUGAUUGUGUUUGAGUUGUUUUGUAGAACACUAAUUUUGUACUAAAAGUACUUUUCUUGUACUUGUUCUGUCCCAGCAUGGUGAUCGCUUUCAAAGCUUCCUCAUAGUAAAGUCCUGCCCUGGUACUGUGGUACUGUAGUACUGGUACUGUGGUACUGGUACACAGGUGGACACCACAAGCCUGUGACUGUGUAAAAUGCUCAGAGUCAAACAGUCUGCUGCCACUAACAGCAUCAUCUAUUCACUCUGCUGCAUAGCAUUAACCUCACAUGCAGCAGCAGUGCUGCGUGACAGUGCCUGUGUGUUACUGUUAUGAUGCACAUGGAAAAGGCAGUUUCAGUGGCUGCCAAGCGCAUCAUGUUGGAGUGGGAACAGGAGGAGGAAUCUGUGAUGAAGGUAACAGUUUUCUGUAUUUUUGAUGGGACCAAGAAGGUAAACAAAGGAGGAAGGUCUUUGCAGAAGCUCCUGUUCUGUUUCUCCUGCCGUAGCACCUUUCUAAUCUUCCCACAGGAAACAAACCUGCUCCACAGUACGUGGAGGACAGGGCUCUGCUGGAGGCUGUCAUCACUGUACCAGGUCGUUUGGGGUGUAAUGAGUGGCAGUUUGGACAUAGAUGUCAGCUGCUCAGCUCAUUUUACCUGUCACUAGCUGAUUGGCUGACCUGUGUAUGUAGAUACUGAGAUGCUUCUUCACAGAGCUGAGCUCUAAUUGAUCCUGUUUCCAGUUUUAUAAGGUGCACAAUCAACAGAGGAAGUGUUGCUCUAGCUCAGCCUCUUCCUCCGAAUUAUUUCCCUCAUUCAGUAUGUGGGUGUGUGGGACACAGUAAGAAUCAAACGUUGUUGUAAUGGGUGUAUAUUUACACGUGUCAUGGCUCCUCCAGUCUGCUUUGGUUCAGAUUGUCGUGCAGUCCGUGCGGCCUGAGCUCAGUACAGAUGGCAGCACGUUUGUUUCAGAACAGCAGAAGCUGUAAGAAAACCCGACGAGCAGGAUGAGCAGAAACACAUUUGUGCAAACUGAUGAACACAAACGUGGCUGGAACAGGGCCCUUCAUCCCCGACCUCACAUUCCCUGUUUGGUACUACAUGGAUUUAUUUAAAUAAGCUACCUGUGACAUCAUCUGUUGCUGUUUGUAUUCGCUUCAUCUCGUGUUGAUUUUCUUUGAACCAAAUACUAUUGUAGACAUGAACAAAUGACUUCUUUCCACUAAGUAUUAAUGUAUUUAAAGAUGCCUGUCAUGUAAAAUGUGGAAUGUGUGCAAUUAAACUUUCGUCCUGAUGAACUCUCUCUUUGGUGAUCUGAAGAUGCAUGUAAUAAAAAAGUCAUCACUGAA